AUGGAGGAUCUAAAUGGUGAUUAUUUUGCUCUAUUAGUUGAUGAAUAUUUUGAUUUUUCACGUAAGGACCAAAUGGCUAUUGUUUUACGAUAUGUUGAUAAAAAAGGAUUUGUAGUGCAAGCAUUUACUGGACUUGUUCAUGUUAAAGAUACUAGUGCUUUAUCUCUAAAGAAAACAAUUGUUAAUGUGCUUGCUCAACAUUCAUUAAGUUUAUCUUAUGUACGCGGACAAUGUUAUGAUGGAACUAGCAAUAUGCAAGGUGGUAUCAAUGUUUCAAAAAAAUGCGUUCAAGUGGGAGAAGUUGUGUUAUUGGUUUCAAAUAUUUUGAAUGUGUUGGGAGAUUCUUUUAAACGAAUGGAUGAAUUACGACAAUCUCAAAAAGAUAAUCUUCAAAAGGCAUUAGAUAUGGAUGAAAUAAAAAUAGGUAGAGGCUUGAAUCAAGAACUUGGUCUUAUUAGAGCCGAUGAUACUCAUAUUUUGGGAAUCACUUAUGAUCUUAAUAUAACAGUACACAAAAAGGAACAAGAUAUUGCAAACGCCAUGACACUUGUUGAAGUAGCCAAAAAAAGGCUUCAAAAAGUAAGAGAUGAUGGAUUAGGGCCACUUAUCAAUAAAAUAUCUAUGUUUUAUAUCAAACAUGACAUCUUGAUACCCAAUUUUGAUGAGCCCUAUGCUAACUCUGGAAGAUCACGACGUAAAAUUGUUGAUCAUACUAUUUUACAUAAUUUUCGUGUGGACGUAUUUUAUAAGAUUAUUGAUUGGCAACUUGAAGAACUUAAUGAUCGUUUCAAUGAGGUGACAAGUGAUUUGUUUCAUGGAUUAGCUUGCUUGAAUCCAGUCAAUUCAUUUUCUAGUUCAUCGGAAAAAGGCAAAAUGGUCUGGUAG